AUAAACAUCAAAGUUACCCAAAAUACCCCUAGAUAUAUGCAGAGGGCACAAUUUAUUAGUCCAAAUAAAUAAAUAAAUUACAACGGCUAAUCAAAUGAAAUAUAGCCGUUGGAGACAAAAACCCUAGAAUCCUCAUACUGCAGACAAAACCUUCUGAAGAAAUUUGUAUAAAUCCAUCAAUGAACUAAGAAGAACUUCACCAAUCUUUCUCUCUCUAAGUUUCUCAAGCGAACAAGCAAGCGAUUUCGUCUCGUGAUUUAUAUUUUUCUGUGCAAUUAUAACUGUUUCAUUUGAAUUUGUUUGUCUAUAAUCUGAUUUUGGUUUUGCAGGGUUUGUUAAUCAAGGUGUUUGAUUCUUUUUCAUUUGUUAUCUUUUUUGUUCUUGUCGAUAUUUGUUUUUUUCUUUUUGUGCUAAUUAAUGGAUGCAGGAUCACACUCUGCCUCAUCAAAUAAGAAACAGUCUCGUUGCCCUCUUCAGGAACAACUUCUUCAACGAAAAAAUUCUCGUGAUAAUUUGGAUAGGUUUAUUCCAAAUCGAUCAGCGAUGGAUUUCGACUAUGCACAUUACAUGCUGACAGAGGGACGGAAAGGUAAGGAAAACCCAGCUGUUAGCUCUCCCUCCAGAGAGGCAUACAGGAAGCAGCUUGCAGAAACUUUCAACAUGAACAGGUCUCGCAUUCUGGCAUUCAAGAACAAACCACCAACUCCUGUUGAGGCCAUUCCUAAUGAGAUUGCCUCUGUUCAACAUAACAAAACGGCAAAGCCCCGUCGAUACAUUCCUCAGACCUCUGAGAGGACAUUAGAUGCACCAGAUAUCAUGGAUGAUUACUAUUUGAAUUUGUUAGACUGGGGCAGCAGCAAUGUUCUUUCUAUUGCUCUUGGCGGCACUGUGUAUCUGUGGGAUGCAUCUGAUGGUGCUACUUCAGAGCUAGUCACUGUUGAUGAAGAAAAUGGCCCAGUUACAAGUGUUAAAUGGGCUCCUGAUGGUCGACAUAUUGCUGUUGGUCUUAACAAUUCUGAAGUUCAGCUUUGGGAUUCUACAGCAAAUAGACUGUUGAGAACUUUGAAAGGCGGUCACCGAUCCCGAGUUGGUGCUCUAGAUUGGAACAAUCACAUUUUGACAACUGGGGGAAUGGAUGGUCAAAUCAUAAACAAUGAUGUGAGAAUAAGAAAUCCCAUUGUUGACACUUACCAAGGACAUCAUCAAGAAGUCUGUGGUCUAAAAUGGUCAGCCUCUGGCCAGCAAUUAGCUAGUGGUGGAAAUGACAACCUCCUCCACAUAUGGGACAGAUCAACGGCUUCUUCCAACUCUACAACACAGUGGCUUCACCGGCUGGAAGAUCACACAGCUGCUGUUAAAGCCCUUGCUUGGUGUCCUUUCCAGGGUAACUUAUUGGCCUCUGGUGGUGGUGGAAGUGACAGGUGCAUAAAAUUCUGGAAUACCCACACUGGUGCUUGCUUGAACUCAAUCGAUACAGGAUCUCAGGUUUGUUCCCUGCUGUGGAACAAGAACGAACGUGAGCUGCUAAGUUCUCAUGGUUUCACUCAGAAUCAGCUCACCCUUUGGAAAUACCCUUCUAUGGUUAAGGUAGCUGAGCUAACUGGCCACACAUCUAGAGUACUUUUCAUGGCUCAGAGUCCAGAUGGUUGCACAGUUGCAUCGGCAGCUGGAGAUGAAACUCUCAGAUUCUGGAAUGUAUUUGGGACUCCAGAAGCAGCAAAACCUGCACCAAAGGCAAAUCCUGAACCAUUCGCUCACCUGAACCGUGGUAUCCGCUGAAUGACAAUGGAAAAUUGCAUGCUGAAGAUUUCUGUACAGUCUUGUUAAUACAUACACACAUACAUACCGGAACAAACGACUGCAUAUAAACUGGAACAAAGGACUGCUGACUAAAGAAGACUAUAAAUUAAGUUCUAAUUAUAUUUACUAUAUUGGUAACCUGGACCAGACCAACUGCUGUAUGUAAAAAGAGAACCUUUUUUCUCUUUGUUUGAUUUUUUGAUUCUAUUACAGUGGCUGCACACCAAUAGUGACAAUAGGCCUGUCCAGGAAUAUUCCCUUGUACAGUUUUCUGAUGAUGAUGUAUUUCUCAAUACAAUACAACAUGAUUUAUUUUGAAACCA